CCCCGAGAAAACAUUUUCUCAGUAAUCAAACAGUAGAUUUCUAUUGAGAAAACAUUCUGAAAUGGAUCGCUUCCAGAGCAGAUACAAUUUCAUAUCCAUUUUCUUGGGAUCCAUGGCGAUUUUGUGUGUGAUCUCUUGGUGUUCGACCUCCUUCUUCGACUAUUCUCUUCUGAGAUUUCGAUUUUCACCACCAGUGGGUGACUUGAAGAAAAGUUUCUACGCUGACUACGAGAACACAAAUGUCGAUUCGUUAGGUUUAUCUGAUCAAUCGAGUAAUAUCAGCCAUCAAUUGCAGAAGAAACAGAGAAAGCUAACCAAAGAGGAAGAGCUCGAACGAGGACUAGCCAAGGCUCGAGCAUCGAUUCUUCGGGCGGCUUCUGAUCGUAACACUACAGAAUACGAAAGCCACCUUCCCAACGCAGAAGUCUACCAUAAUCCCGCCGCUUUCUAUCGGAGUUAUGUGGAGAUGGAGAAGAGGUUCAGGGUCUAUGUAUAUGAAGAAGGGGUGCUUCCGUUAGUUCACGACGGACCGUGCAAGGACGUAUACGCUGUGGAAGGCAGGUUUAUACACGAAAUAGAAAGAGGGAAAACGAGGUUCAGGACACGGGAUCCAUUAAAGGCCCACGUUUACUUCAUGCCCUUCAGUGUGACAUUUCUUGUGAAGUACUUGUACCAAGGUCACGGCGACGCCAAGCCUCUGAAGCGGUUCGUGUCUGACUACGUGACAACGAUAUCCAGCAAGUACCCUUUUUGGAAUAGAUCCAGUGGGGCUGACCACUUCAUGCUUGCUUGUCAUGAUUGGGGUCCUCUCGUUUCAAAAUCCAAUCCGCAUCUCUUCAACACAUCGAUCCGAGUCUUGUGUAACGCCAACUCAUCCGAAGGAUUCAACCCGAAAAAAGACGCAUCCCUCCCCGAAAUCAAAUUAUACGGCAGCGAAAUAAACCCCAAACUCACACUUUCCAAAACUGGGGAUUACUCUCAAAGGCCGUACCUCGCCUUCUUUGCAGGCGGACUCCAUGGACCCAUCAGACCAAUCCUCCUAGAACACUGGAAACACCGUGACCCCGACAUGCCCGUCCACGAGUACCUCCCGAAAAACCUAAACUUUUACGACUUCAUGCUACAAUCAAAGUUCUGCCUCUGCCCGAGCGGAUACGAAGUGGCUAGCCCACGUGUCAUCGAGUCCAUCUACGCAGAAUGCGUGCCGGUGAUCCUUUCCAAGAACUUUGUGUUGCCUCUCAGCGAUGUGCUGAGGUGGGAGACGUUCUCCGUACAAGUCGACGUGUCGGAGAUUCCGAGGUUGAAGGAGAUUCUGAUGUCGGUGUCCGAAGAAAAGUACAGAUGGCUCAGACGCAACUUGCAGUACGUGAGGAGGCAUUUCGUCCUGAAUCAGCCUCCAGAGAGGUUCGAUGCCUUUCACACCACUCUUCACUCCAUUUGGCUUCGCCGAAUUAAUUUCGCCCUCGCUUAAAAGGUACCAUCUUUUCAGUUUUCUCUACAUGAAGAUUUAGAUUUUGCCUGCUAUAUACAUACAUGUAUAUGCUCCCGUAUUAU